AAAAAAAGUGGGGGAGAGAGAGAAUCUUGUGCACACGGUAAGGGCAAAGCCAGCAACGCAAUGUCGUGAGUGAGUUGGUUUUUUCUUUGGUUCUCCUGAGCUGUGUUUAUUCUCUUUCUCUGCCCUCUCAUCUUCGAGCUCCGAUGGCGAGCCUGUGGCGCGCGGCAACCGGCAUGACGGACAACGCCACCGAUUACGACGGCGUCGAGUUCUGGUCGAACCCCGAGCGGACCGGCUGGCUCACCAAGCAGGGCGAGUACAUCAAGACCUGGCGCCGCCGCUGGUUCGUCCUCAAGCAAGGCAAGCUCUUCUGGUUCAAGGACUCCGCCGUCACGCGUGCGUCUCGUCCACGCGGCGUGGUCCCCGUCGCCACGUGCCUCACCGUCAAAGGCGCCGAAGACAUCCUCAACAAGCCCAACGCCUUCGAGCUCUCCACGCGCUCCGACACCAUGUACUUCAUCGCCGACUCCGAGAAGGAGAAGGAGGAUUGGAUCAACUCUAUCGGCCGCUCCAUCGUCCAGCACUCCAGAUCCGUCACCGAUUCCGAGAUCAUCGAUUACGAUAACAACUCCUCCAAGCGCUGACAACCACGCGCUCUCAAUCCACGCGCCUCUUUCGGGCGUUUAAAUGCAGCUGUGCUCGGAAAAAGUGUGAACGCGCAAAUGGUUACUUUGAUCUCUUUAUUCUUUUCCCUCUUAAAUCGAAUCGCGUGAGAAUGGUUUAAGACAGAAACUGUUUGCAUUUGAAUCGCAAUAUGGGAAUUGAAUUGGCGCAGACAACAAUAAGCUGCAUAAAACAAGUAAUGGUGAAUGGAUCCAAACGAGAAUCUUCAGGUUAACGCAACUAAUUUUCAAAACAGUUGUUUCUUGAAAAACAGUUUUUGGAUAAGUGCACGUAACUCCAAUUCAACAUCUUUUAUACGAGUGGUGAAUUCUGCAUAACUUGCAACCCAAUUUUAGCAAAAUGGUCAGGAUCAUGAGAAGAUUCCAGCGCUUGAACUUUUCCAUGUCGAUGCAUUCAGCCGUGAAACUCUUUGAUUUUUUUAUUUUUGGUGAAUUCAUGAAACUCUUUGAUGCCCCGUGUGUUUCAAGAUUCAAAACCCCUUUACAGCAAUUGGUCUUUCAAUAUGGUGAAGAGAUCCUUUGUAUACAGAACCAAUGCUUCCAGUGCCUACUAAAUUGGAUAAGAUCAAAUUAAUAAACAAAUUUCAUAUAAAUGUUUACCAA